UCCUUUCCACAUUUGUUUGUUGAUACUCAUAUUUGUGUUCCUUCUACUCUUUUCUUGAAGUACUUUAUUGCAGUGAUCUUGCUACUGAUUGCUACUUCUCCCAACUCUCUUCCUAUCUUGCUAAUCUUCCAUCGAAAGCUUUCAGGUCAUAAUUGCAAAGGACAAACGAUAAUACAGUAGAUAUGGCUUAUGCUAGUAUUGCUUCUCUUAUGAGAACAAUGGAAUCGGUCUUAACAUCAAAUUCACCAAUGCUAUCUCUAAUCUUUGAUCACAGAGAAGAAUUACUCGCUCUUCAUGAAAAAAUUAGUUCCUUGGAAGUAUUUCUCAAGAACUUUGAGAAAAGCAAUCUGUCUGGGGAAAUGACAGAUCUGGAAGUACAAGUAAAAGAAGUUGCAAAUGCUGUUGAAUACACAAUUGAACUGAGACUAACAGAAGCCGUAAUGACAAAUGAUGAAAAGGUGCAUGAGAGGCUAUGUGAUAUCCUAAAACAAGUAGCAGAGGAUGUUGAUCGUGUCUGGAAAGAGUCAACAAAGAUUCAAGAUAUAGGCAAACAAGCAUCAAAAGAAUCUUUGGUUGAAGAUUUUUCAAGUUCAGCAAAAGAAGUUCUGAAUAUUAAGAACAAUAUGGUUGGACGUGAUGAUCAAAGGGAAAGGUUGUUAGAAGAUCUGACUAGAGGCUUCUCCGGUGAACCUAAAGUCAUUCCGAUCGUCGGUAUGGGAGGCAUUGGUAAAACAACUUUAGCAAAAGAAGUUUACAAUGAUGUGUACAUUCAUUCUCGUUUUGAUGUUCGUGCUUGGGCUACUGUAUCUAGCCAACACAAUGUAAAGGAAAUCUUGAUAAGCCUUCUGCGUUCUACAAAGGGUGACACAUUUUACAUGGAAGGUGAGGCGGAUCUAGCAGACAUGCUACAAAAAAGUUUAAAGGGCAAGAGAUAUUUAAUUGUCAUGGAUGACAUGUGGAGCACUAAAGCAUGGGAUGACGUGAGACUAAGCUUUCCAAGUGAAAACAAUGGGAGUCGUAUACUGUUGACUACCCGUAACAAUGAAGUAGCUUGUUAUGCUGGUACUGAGAAUCUUCCUUUGCAGAUGAGUUUCAUGGAUCAAGAUGCGAGUUGGAAUCUUUUUAAAAGUACGGGCUUUACUAAUGCAUCAUUACCACCUGAAUUUGAGACUAUUGGCAAGCAAAUCAUAGACAAAUGUCACGGGUUACCACUAACUAUUGUUGUGGUUGCUGGGCUUCUGUCCAAAUCCAAAAGGACUAUAGAAGAUUGGGCAAGUGUUGCCAAAGAUGUCAAGUCGUUUGUCACAAAUGAUCCGAAUGAACAAUGUUCACGUGUGCUUGGGUUGAGUUACAAUUACUUGACCAGUGAUCUAAAAGCAUGUCUUCUGUAUUUUGGAAUUUUUCCAGAAGAUUGUGAGAUUUCAGCGAAGAAAUUGGUGAGAUUAUGGAUCGCCCACGGGUUUCUGAAGUUGGAAAAAGACUUCGAAGGGGAGGCUGAGAAGUGUUUACAAGAUCUUGUCGACAGAAAUCUUGUUCUCGUCAGCAAGAAAAGUUCUGAUGAAUCAAAUAUUAAAUCAUGUAAGGUUCAUGAUCUAUUAUAUGAGUUGUGCUUGAGAGAAGCUCAAAGCCAAAAUAUUUUUGUCAUGAAAGACUGUGAUUCUUAUAAGGCUCUUCUUACCCCUGGACAUCAUCAUUCGAUAACGAGGCGGACAUAUGAUGAAGACAACAAUCUCUUGAAACGAACUCGUUCACUUUUCUUUCUUUCUAAGCACCCUGCAAGUUUUACUCUCAAACUAGGGCUUAAUCAUUUCAAUUUACUCAGAAUCUUGGAAUUGAGCCACAUAAGGUUCUUUAACUUCCCUCCUGAGAUACUGUGCCUCAUUUGGUUGAGGUACCUUGCAAUGUCCGGGUAUUUUCACAUACCUUCAGAAAUUUGCAGGUUAUGGAAUCUGCAAACAUUCAUUGUUCAAAGUCGUGGUUCGGCAUCUAGAGAAUUUUCAGAGACAGUUUGGGAACUGAUGCAAUUAAGGCAUCUGAGCCUUGAAAAAUUUUAUUUGCCAAAUCCCCCAAGUGUAUCUGUUGGUGAAGAGAGAUACUUAAUUUUUUCAAACGUGCAAACUAUUUCUGGCUUGUCUCCAAGUAGUUGCACAAAGGAGGUUAUUUCAGGGAUUCGAAAUGCUAAAAAAUUAGAAAUCAAUGGAGAUUCACGCGACUAUUUAAGUUUCCAGGAAUCAAGACUUUUCGACAAUCUUGUCCAUCUACAUCAACUUGAAACAUUGAAUGUUGUUGUUGCGGGGGUAUUAGGCUCUGCACUAGUGACCAUUCCAUGUGCAAAAGCUUUUCCAGCAACACUCAAGAAGUUAAAGUUGUCCCGAACUUGUCUAAGGUGGGAGGACUUGAACAUCAUAGGUGAGUUGCCCAACCUUGAGGUGCUGAAUCUGCAAUGGAAUGCUUGUCAGGGCCGAGACUGGCAUCCAAUUGCAGGUGGAUUUACUCGAUUGAAGCUUUUGCUAAUUUGCGAUUGUUAUCUCAAGUACUGGAGAGCCACGAAUGACAAUUUUCCUGUCCUUGAGCGCCUUCUGAUUAGAUAUUGCAGAUAUUUGAAUGAGAUACCCAUUGAGUUUGCAGAUAUUUACUCACUAAAACUAAUUGAGUUAAGUUUUUGUACACCCAAACUUGAGGCUUGUGCUGCACGAAUUCAACAAGAACAAGAGGAUCUCGGUAGCAAACCCGUUGAUGUUCUUAUCCGAGGUUCACAUCGAGAUAAUGCAUGAUGAUGAUGAUGUCGUUCAUGAUGAUGAUGAUGAAAAGUAGUGCAUUUUUGGAGGAUCCGACAUGGGUGUGGCAGCAUUUUGGAGAGUCCGGGUAGCAUAGAUAUAUAGUACAAGUCUAUUUUACUAGCCCAAGAUCCACAGAGGCUAUUGAGAAUUUGUGGUAGUGAAGACUAAUAAUUUACCUGAUCUUAUUUAAUUUAUGCCUGCCUUUUUUGAAAUCUGCGUAUCACGUUCUCUGUAAUACCAUUGAUCUCUUGCAACUUGCAGCUUUCAAAGAUGGUUCUUUCUUUGAUUUCUAUGCGGAUGAACGAGUACUUAUAGUGGAGGACUCAAAGUUAGAGAUCUUGAGAAUAUUAAAGGUACCUGCGCUUUCCUAUUCGAAAGACACAGAGGAUAUUUUCAAAAGGUUUCCCAAUCUUCAACAGCUUGUAUUUGUUCUCAAGGAAUCAUGGGAUUGUUCAAAAAAGCAAUAUUGGUUCCCGAAAUUGUAUUACCUAACUGAACUAGAAUCCCUGGGUGUAGUUUUUGAAAGUUCAAAUUCAAAUGACAAUGGGUCCACUGUAGCAACAAAUCCGCUGUGGGAUUUUUCACUUCCCUUCCAAUUUGAAAGAAUUGUGGUUGUGUGACUUUCCUCUGAAAUCCUAUUAACUAUCAACAAUUAGGGGUGACAACAAUAGUUUGGCUGCCCAACCUUGAAGAGCUGUACCUUGAGUACAAUGUUUGGGUGAAGUUGUCUACGUGGCAGAAGUGAAAAAGAAAGGAACAAUUGAACUAUUGCAAUAUGCUGACAGUUGGAAAUUGAAGAAGUGGAAAGAUUGCAUGAUUUUGGGACAAUUAAUGCUUGUGUAUGUGGCAAAGGAGUGAGUAAUGCAAUUGAAGUUUACAACAAAGAAA